CUAGGGAAGAUUAGAGAAUACUGGCUGGGUACGGUGGUCUGCAUCGGCGGCUUCUUGUUUGUAUAUGACUCUGGAAUGCGAGUGUUGCUUCCCCACUGCGGAGGCGUGCUGACCCUAGCCUCAUUCGUUGACUCGUCCCGAUAUGCAACGGCCCAUAAGAUCCGCGGCAACUCUCUUGCCGUAGGCCUGCACUAAGCCGGUGCCUUCGCCGCCUGCUUCGUGACAUCGCCCGUCACGAACUGGUUGGGUCGGAGCAAGGCGCUGAUGUUGUCGUCAGUCUUCUGUGGCGGUGCCAUCAUCCAGACGAUCGACACGCACUCCAUGGGCGCCUUCUCCACUGGGAGAAUCAUUGCGGGAGUCGGAUUCAGCGCUAGCUCAGUCGUGGUGUCCAUGUUCAGCCACGAGAUGGCGCCUAAGGAGCUGCGCGGCCAGAUUGGAAGCUUCUUCCAAUUGAUGUACACUAUAGGCAUCUUCGCCUCCUACUGGGUCGACUACGGAGUUCUUAAGGGGGUUUCGUCGUCCAAAGCCAUGCAAUGGCAGAUCCCCAUUGGCCUCCCGCUCGUCCCCGCCGCAUAGCUGGGACUCGGCAUGCUGACGUUGAAGGAAUCUAUCCGAUGGAUUACGCAAAAAGCUAGACACAAGGAAGCCUGGGAGAGCCUCAAAUGGAUCCGUGCCGAUGUAUCGCAAGACACAGUCGACGAAACGGAGGAGAUUCGCACCGGUGUUGAGAUGGAGGAGCGCGGGACUGAGGGCUUCUGUCUCAAAGUAGAACUUCUCAGAUGGCCUAACUUCAAGCGCAUCUUCACGGUUUUUGCUGUCUUCACCGCACAGUAAGGCACGUGCCACGGCUUCCGCACAUUUCGGUCCGCAAUACUUCAUCAGCCUUGGCACUUUCUUUUUUCUUGAGGAGACGAAGGGUCCGCCUGGAAGAGAUCGCCUAUAACAACUUUUCGUAAGGUACAGAAUUUCAAGGACGUUGACUCCGAGCGCAUUCGCAUCUAGUAAGGAUCCUCGAU